UACACCAUUAUGACAACUCAUUUAACAACUACGGAGAUUGACUCUGAUGCAAUAUGGGGCGAUCUCCGCGAAACUCAGCGAAAUGUGGUGCAUUUUAUGUGUUUUGAGUCUCCGCUUUGGCUGCGAGCAUUCCAAAUCGGAUUGAAGUUCAUCACCGGGCCGUAUUUCCGACAGGGUAUGAGAAAAUGCGUCGUGUCUGAGCGGAUGAGUGAGGACGAUCUCGGUGAACAUUCACCUUACCGUUACAUCGGGAAAAAUCUGUGGCCUGAAAAUACGUUAGAAGACAAUUUUCCAAACGGACUGCCUACAUCCAGCGAGGGCAAACAUGUAGGAAUGUGGCCGUUGAGGAUAACACACAGCGGGUCAUAUAAGAUCUAUUCUAGUGAUUUCACAUGUAGUAUGAUGCCAACAAUGGUGGCAGAUAUCAACCACUCAACCACGUCCAUAGCUAACACGGAAAAAUACAUUAUCUUCUUCAAGAAAGACAGUAGGUUUGCCAGGCUACUUGGCGAUCGGGUGAAAAGUGUAGUAGCAGAAUUUGUUCACCACGAAACCUUCCAAGGUUAUAUUAUAUACAAGGUAUUGGAAUCGUCGGGAAAUCCGUUAGAAAAAUACUGUGAAUGGGUAUUGGAGAUGUAUUUCUCGGAAGGCGGACUUCAACCAACCACAAUUCACAUGGGCCACAUCGCUGCUGAACUCGAUAACGACGGGUAUGAAGUCACUUAUGCCGGGUACAAAGACGUCUUUACUUUAAAGCAGGAAGAAAUAGACAAAAAGAAAUGAGACAUUCCGAUCGUCGUGAGUGAUGUUGUCGCUUUCUAGUGAAAUGUGUUUCACAGGCUGGUGUCAUGUGACACACACGUGACACACGUGAGCCGAGUUGGUGUGCUCAACUGAGAUUCAUGUGGUUACAGAGAAUUCUUACGUC